UCUGGGCCUGGCUUGUUACAUCAUCAAGACCUGUGGUGCUUAUGAUAUCCCUUAGUUCAGCUGUGUGUCAGUGCUUUCAGUGUACUGAUUACCAUUGAAUACUAAAGCAUCUUGAAAUGACUUGUAUUGUGGAAAACUAGUGUGCUUUGGAGUUUGUUUUUUUCUUCUGAAAGUGUGCUGAGUGGUGUUCAAAAGAAACCCAACUAUCAUUUAGUGAAGAUAUCACCAUGCCACUUGCAGUUGGCGGUCCCGUGGGUUACACUCCUCCAGAGGGGGGCUGGGGUUGGGCAGUUGUGGCUGGUGCCUUCAUCUCUAUUGGAUUCUCCUAUGCCUUCCCAAAGUCCAUCACUGUGUUCUUCAAAGAGAUUGAAGUAAUCUUUAAAGCCACCAGUAGCCAAGUCUCCUGGAUAUCAUCCAUCAUGCUAGCUGUCAUGUACGGAGCAGGUCCAAUAAGCAGUAUUCUAGUGAAUAAGUAUGGCAGUCGUCCAAUCAUGAUAGCAGGAGGCUGCCUGGCAGGAGCUGGACUCAUUUCAGCAUCUUUCUGCAACACGGUGGAGGGCUUGUAUUUCUUUGUGGGUGUUGUAGGAGGUUUGGGACUUGCGUUUAAUCUCAACCCAGCCCUUACUAUGAUUGGGAAAUACUUCUACAAAAGGAGGCCCAUUGCAAAUGGCAUCGCCAUGGCCGGCAGCCCUGUGUUUCUAUCCACUUUAGCUCCUCUGAACAGUUGGUUUUAUGACCAGUUUGGCUGGAGGGGUAGCUUCUUAAUCCUGGGUGGGCUUUUGCUCAACUGUUGCGUAGCUGGAUCUCUCAUGAGGCCUAUUGGGCCAAAACCCAAACCUGCUGUGAAGGAGGCUAGUGCUGAUGGAGAGAAGAAGACAGUGAUGCAGGUUAUCAACAGUUUCAUUGACCUGUCUCUCUUCAAACACCGUGGAUUCCUCCUGUACCUCAUGGGCAACAUUGUCAUGUUCUUUGGCCUUUUCACCCCACUAGUAUUCCUCAGUAAUUUUGCCAAAAGUAGGGGUAUAUCAAAAGAGAAAGCAGCUAUUUUACUCUCAGUACUGGCCAUUGUGGACAUGGUGGUGCGGCCAUCCAUGGGAACUGUGGCCAACACCAAGUGGGUCCGACCAAGGAUACAGUAUUUCUUUGCUGCCUCAGUUCUAUUUAAUGGUGUGUGCCACGUUCUUGCGCCUCUUUCAGUUGAUUAUCUAGGGUUUGUUAUCUAUUCCAUCUUCUUUGGGUUUGGGUUUGGGUGGCUGAGCUGUGUGCUUUUUGAAACCCUGAUGGACUUGGUAGGAGUCCAGCGCUUCUCCAGCGCUGUUGGCCUGGUCACCAUUGUGGAAUGUGGACCAGUUUUAAUUAGCCCUCCAUUGUUGGGAAAAUUUAAUGACAUCUACCAUGACUACAAGUAUACUUACAUAACCUGUGGAAUAGUCCUGAUGGUGGCGAGCAUGUUCCUUUUUAUCUGCAUGGGCAUUAAUUACAGGCUACUGGACAAGGAAGCAAAGGAGGAAGCUAGAAAAUCACAGCUAAAAGGAAAAGAGGAAGAAUCCACCAUAGACAUUGUAGACAAGCAGACAGCUAGACAGAGAGAAAACAAAGACAUUAAAACAGCAGAAGACACUGUGUGACUUCCCCUAUCCAGACAUGAUUGUACACUUUUGUGGAACUAUAUAUGUCAUGCAUUUUGGCAUUGUUGUAUAAUUUUUAUUAUUGUGCAAUAUUUCCAUGCCUAAAAUUAUCACUGGGAGGACACAAUACAACAUGAUUCCAUGCAUAAGAAAUAUGUUAGUAAUGUUAAUGUUUAACAUUAUUUUAACUGAAACUAAGAUAUUUUCUCUUUUUAUUUGUAAGAGUCAAAACUAAUCUAAGGUAUUUAUAAGGGUAUUACAAUAACCAGCACUAAUAAAAUAAUGGUUUAAA